UGCAAGCUUUUCUACAAAUCAUUUUGCUUUUCAAUAUGAGAAAACUUAACUCACAAAAAACUACUGAGGAAAAUUUAAAACGGUUAGAGACAUUUUUUCUUAAAAAUCAAUAUCCAGACAGCAAUGAAAGACACCAAAUUGCGAAAACACUAGGAAUGCAUCCUAAAAAGGUUCACAUAUGGUUUGGGAACAGACGAUCGCGUUGGCAUUCAAUGAAAGCAGAACAACUUAAUGGAGAAAAUAAAAGAUUGAGAAAAGAUCAAACAAGUUUCGAAAACUUACAAAAGCCAUUCAAAUUAAUCCAUUCACCUCAAAUGCUAAAACCAAACGUACUUGAUAAAUUGAAUAAAGAUAAACAAUUUCUCGGAGUAAGCAAAGAAAAAUAUCGCAAAAAAAUAAAAAAAGAUAAAAUAGAAAAAGAUAGUAACUACGGAGACAACACAGAUAAGAUUCAUUAUGAGUUCAGAAUGAAUAAAGCAGUUGUUAAAAAUCAAAAUACUAAAUUGACAAACAAACAAAAGUUAGCAACCAUAUUUACUGAAACAAGUAAUUUUAUUAAAGAACACAUAUUGCAUAUUGCUAUGGCUGACGAAAUAUCUGACCAAACCUACGUCAACACCGUAACUACUUGCGAGGCAAAGAGUAUACGCCAAGUUAAAUGUUGCAUGGAGCCCAUACCAUUAAUAAUACCUUAAAUAAUAUACAAGUAUGUUAACUAUAUACAAAAAACUUGUUGAGAGAUAUUUAUUCUUUUAAAUAAAAUAUUCUUUGAUAAA